AUGUCUGACGGCUAUGAUGACAGCUAUGAGGACGGUUUUGAUGACAGCUAUGAUGACGGUUAUGAUGAUGGCUAUGAGGACGGCUUUGAUGGCGGCUAUGAUGACAGCUAUGAGGACGGCUUUGAUGACGGUUAUGAUGAUGGCUAUGAUGACAGCUUUGAUGAUGGCUUUUAUGAUGGUUAUGAUGGCGGCUAUGAUGACAUCUUUGAUGACGGUUAUGAUGGUUAUGAUGACAUCUUUGAUGACGGUUAUGAUGGUUAUGAUGGCGGCUAUGAUGACAUCUUUGAUGACGGUUAUGAUGACAUCUUUGAUGACGGUUAUGAUGGUUAUGAUGGUGGCAAUGAUGACAUCUUUGAUGACGGUUAUGAUGAUGGCUAUGAGGACGGCUUUGAUGGCGGCUAUGAUGACAACUAUGAUGGGAAAGGGGAUACCUAG